AUGUGCAACCGCGACGAGUGCGACAUCCCCCGCAUCAAAGACCUGUUCCUCGUCGACACAGCACCGCUCCGCAAGGGCCCAACGCUGACGAUCCUCGGCGCAUGGCUGUUCUGGUACGACCGCAACGUCGAAGAAAUCGGAUCCCCAGUGUGGGGUUGGUCGAACACCAACGACGUUGCGAACUCGAACCACCUGUCCGGAACCGCAGUCGACGUGAAUGCCCCGAAGUAUCCGUGGGGGCAGCGUGUGAUGCCAACUGCUCGGAUCGCGAAGAUCCGCGAGGGACUUCGACUGUUCGAGGGCACCGUCUUCUGGGGUGCCGACUGGGGCCGCGCCGACGAGAUGCACUACCAGAUGGCGUUCCGUGAGGGUGACUCACGCAAUGAGGCGUUCGCUGCGAAGCUCCGCGCCGGCCAUCUCGGGAUCUACGGAACACCGACUACCCCAACGAAGCCCGAGGAGGGUGACAUGGAUUUUGCAGCUUUCAAGACGUACAUGGAUGCUGUUGUGUCCGAUGUGAAGGAUAUCCGCGAGCAGCUGUGUGGCAUGAAGCAGCGCGACGCGGGCCAGUUCAAGGGUUGGCCGCAGUUGGGUAACAAGACUGUGGUUGAUGCACUCGCCGACAUCCAGUCACUCCCAGUAUCCGUGGCGGGCUGUUGCUCGCACGGUGGUGGCGUUUCUGAUUGCGAUUCUGCCGGCGGUGUUGGCGGCGUUGACGGAUGCUUCGACGGCGACGCAGUCCACGGCGUUGGCGUCGGCGGUUCCGAUCAUUGCGGGCGUGACGAAGAUCCUCGCGAACCCGACUGUCGAUGCGCUCCUGAAGCAGUAUCUGCCCGCCCUCGCAACCGCACCCAAGGGGUGAGCGGCGUGUCAGGGGUGCGCAUCGUUUCCCUGAUCAUGGGUUUGAUGUCCGUUGCGGUCGGUGUCACUUACUGGGGUCCGUCCGAGUGGGUGCGCCGACCGUUGCCUCCAGGGCAGGAGACGUUGGUCGUUCUGAUCGAGUCGAUUGGUCCAGUGUGGCCGGUGAUCUUCACUGUGACUGGGGCAUUGCUUGCGGCUGCUGCGAUCGCUGGACGGUACGCGGUCGCUGCUCACGUGGUCGGGAUCUUCGGCUGGAUGUUCUACGGCGCCGCGAUCGUUGUGGGCUCGUUGCUAUCCGAACCACCCGCGCCGAUUGUGUUCGGUGUCGUGGCGAUCAGUAUCGCUGGCAUUCAUUUCGGGAUGACCCGUGCACAUCAGGAGGUCGCGGUGACGGCGUGGAAGCGAGCGCCGCAGGACAACAUCACUUCGCUGGCUGAACGUCUGGAUAAGUCGGAUGCACGCGCCGAUAAGGCGGAUGCUCGGACGACUGAACUUGAAAUCAAGGUCGCUGAUCGUGACAACGUGAUCGAUCAUUUGGAUCGUUGGCAGUUGGCGGCCCGUACGUAUAUUGCGCAGCUUCGGAACACUCUCGCCGAUAACGCGCUGAUGGAGAAGCUACCUGCUGGUCAACCCAAGAACCAGGACAUUUGGGGGACGUUCAAGAACAAUUGGUUCAGCCAGAUUUUUGCGGGGUUCGCGAACAUCGGUCAGAUGCUCGGCGACCUUGCUAACGCGUUCCUCGGUGGUGGCGGUUUCGGUCCUGGACCGUUGAAGUCGAUCAGCGAUAAGUCGAUGGCUGACGCCGCGAAGAUCGUGGACUUGCAGGACCGCGCACAGGUACUUGAAGGCAUCAUCGGUUACGGCUCCUGGGUUGCGUCCCAGAAUUUGUUCAUCACGAUUGACCAGGAUCAGCCUGGGAUGCGGACGAUGUCGUUUGAUCGGCAAGUCGGCCCGAGUGUCGGUGUCACCUUGGUGUCGGAUCCGGCGCUGGCGAACAAGAAAGUUCAACGCCUGGACUCGAAGGGUUUGUGGCAGGUUCUCGCGCAGACCCGUUCCCGUAGUACGGGUUUCACUGGUUCCGCGAAGGUGUAUCUGGACAUCGUUGUGAAGGCUCCGAACGGUUCUGAGUAUUACCGGCGUUCGAUGGACAUGGUUGCUAUCUCUAACAAUGGUGGAGAUGGCGAAGUGACGUUGAUGGGCAACGUGUUCUUCACGACUCCGGGGGCUGGUUACACGGUUCGGGUGGAUUUGUUUUCGGGUCGUUGGCGCUGGUUUUACGGCGGUUCGCAGUGGUCCGGUUUGAGUGUGUUGAAGCAUUCGUCCGAGGUGGAGAACCCGGGCACUGUCGAUCCUGCGAUGCCUGUUAUUUCUGAUCGGUUGACUGAUGGUGCGAAGUUGGGUGUUGGUGCGGAGAUCGUGUUCACGGUUCGCGACAUCCGCGACAGUGCGGCGCAUGAUGCGAUCCUCGGACCCGCACGCACCACCGUCCCCGCGAACCCAACUACUGGACUAUUCACGACUCCGGUUCUGGAUCCUGGCCCGUACUGGGUGGGGAUCCGAUGGUCGAGAUACAACCCAACACACGAGCUUUACCCCAUUGAAGUCCCCGCCGAGUCGGGGACUUUCCGUUUGUGGCCGUUGAUCGACGCCGGCGCCCCACCACCUGAACCGGGCGCGUUGGGGUUCAUCCGCAACGGCGGCAGCAUUCAGCGCGCCGAAGACCUCACCAUCGCCGAAUACGCGGCGAUCCCCGAAAAAGACCCCGCCACCCUCUACCUGACAUUCGAGUCC